UGCGCAACCACGCGAAGGUCAGCCACUUCCGAAUCUGCAAGAGCCCCGGGGGCAGCCUGUACAUCCAGAAGGGCCAUCCCUUCCCCGACAUGGAGGAGCUCCUCGCCUUCUACACCCAGCACUGGAAGGUCAUCCAGAGCCCCUUGCUGCAGCCCUGCAGCCCCGCGACCCCCCCCGAGAGGGACGGCUGGGAGCGCCCGCGCUGGGAGUUCACGCUGCGGAGGAAGCUGGGCGAGGGCUACUUCGGAGAGGUGUGGGAAGGGCUGUGGAGGAACACGGUGCCGGUGGCCAUCAAGAUCAUCAAAGCUGACAUGAAGGCAGAAGACUUCACCAAGGAGAUUCAGAACUUGAAGCGCCUGAGGCAUGAGAAGUUGAUCCAGCUGCACGCCGUCUGCUCGCUGGAUGAGCCUGUGUACAUCAUCACGGAGCUCAUGCGGAAAGGCAACCUCCACAGCUACCUCAACAGUCCUGAAGGGAAGUCCCUGGGCACCUCCCACCUGCUGAAUAUCGCCUGCCAAGUGGCAGAUGGGAUGAGGUACCUGGAGGAGAAGCACAUUGUCCACCGGGACCUGGCAGCCAGAAACAUCCUGGUGGGAGAGGAACUCACCUGCAAAAUCGCCGAUUUUGGACUUGCCCGGCUCCUCAAGGAUGACAUUUAUUCCACCAGCAGCAGCACCAAAAUCCCGGUGAAGUGGACAGCCCCAGAGGCAGCCAACUACCGCACCUACUCCCUCAAGUCUGAUGUCUGGUCCUAUGGGAUUCUGCUCUACGAAGUCUUCACAUAUGGACAGAUCCCGUACGAAGGAAUGACGAACCAAGAAACUGUUCGGCAGAUCACCAGGGGCUACCGCCUUCCCCGGCCCAGCUCCUGCCCUCCCGAGAUCUACAGCAUCAUGCUGGAGUGCUGGAGCGGCAACACGGAGGAACGUCCCACCUUCCUGGCUCUGCGGGAGAAGCUGGGCUUCAUCUACAGACGGCUGCUCAGCUCCUUCUCCUGA